UAUUAUCUAUGAACCUUGACACUUACCAUCCCUAUAUUUAUUCGUUUUUGGCUGUUAUCAGACGAAAUUGAUAACGAAUAAAGUUCAAAAUUUAGCAUUAUCGAUUGCCUUACAAUGAACUUCGGUCUUACUAAUUAUUAUUCAUGUAUUACCUAUUAUAACUGGUUUAUUUUUUAUAGAAUGUAGCAGCAUUUUAUUACAUACUGCAUACUUGUAUAUAGAUGGCGUAUUUUUAAAAAUAUAAUGGUUAUUAACAUUGGCUUCAUGCCAAUUCGAACAACAUUAUAGAAAUCAUGUGCGGACCUUAUUAAUUCUUAAGUCAAUUUUAUUUAUCUCUACAAUCGAGCAAUACUUUUUAAUAGGUUAAUAGUUAAUUUAAUUUAUUUAUUUAUUGUUAAGUUCAAUUUUUAAUUGUUUACAGUUUUUGUGCAAAAUGGAUAUUUUAUUCAGUAGUAUUGCCAAAUUCAGUUCAUUGCCAGCUUCAAGUGUUAUCGGUGUGACUGCUGCCAUUGGAUUUGUAAAUUACUAUUUUCUGUACGUUGUUAAAGUACCUAAAAUACAUUGUAAAGAAGGCAGUUUUAAAAAUUUUAUUCGUCAAAAUGUGCCAGUCGCUACUACAAAAUACUGGCCAACAAUGUGGUGUUUUGAAGCUAGAUUUCAAAGUGUAUUAGCAAGUUUAAUACGAUCAUUUGUUGUUCCUAAAGCACCAUAUAAUAGAGAAAUAUUUCAAUUAACGGAUGGUGGCGAAGUAGCAUUAGACUGGUUGGAACCAACAAAACAUUUUAAUGAUAUGAAUGAUAUUACAAUUUUGUUUUUGCCAGGAUUAACUGGUGAUAGUAAAUGUGAGUAUGUUAGAGCUACAUCAUUGACUGUACAGAAAUCUGGAUUUCGUGUUGUUGUUUUCAAUUAUAGAGGAAUAGGAGGUAUUGAGUUAAAGACUCCAAGAACUUAUUCUGCUAAUAAUAUUGAUGAUUUAACAGAAGUGAUUAUUCAUAUAAAAAAAAAAUAUCCAAAUACAAUUUUAGGUGGAAUUGGUGUAUCAAUGGGUGGUCUAUUAUUGGGAAGUUUUUUACAAUCCAAUGAACAACACACGCAUAAACACUUUUCUGCAGUUAUGCUUCUUUCAGUACCAUGGGAUUUAUUAGCUACUACGCGUAACAUUGAGAAACCAUUUUUAAACCGUUGUCUCUGUUCAUAUUUAGCAAAAUGUCUUUGUAAUCUUAUUAAAAAUAGUAGCAAUAUGUUAAAUUCAUCAAGUCACAAAUGGAAUUACAAUGAAGUCAUAAAAAGUAAAACAAUAAGAGAAUUUGAUGCAAACUAUACUAUUAAGUUGUUUGAACAUGAAUCUGUUGAAGAAUAUUAUAAAAAAGCAUCACUUCAUGACAAAUUAGAUCUUAUCCAAGUGCCUUGUUUGUGUUUAAGUGCUGCUGAUGAUCCUUUUUGUUUGGAAUCUGAUCUGCCACUAAAGAGUGCUGACAAUAUUGAAAAUCUGGCAAUUUUAGUUACUGCUAGAGGAGGACAUAUUGGAUUUCUAGAAGGGUUUUGGCCUUUUAGUAAUCACAAUGAAUUCAUGUUUCGUUUAAUCGAUCAAUAUUUUAGCUCAAUAUUUAAGAAUCAAAUUUAUAAACAGUUUACAAAAUGAAUUUUAUUGUUUACAUGUUAAGUUAAAUGUGGUGGAUAUUGAAUAAUUAUAGUUUUAUUUAUGAAAUGAA